AAAAAAAUGUCGCAAAGAUCAAUUCAAAUCCUGACCGUGUCUCGGGUCACACUCCCUCCACUGCCACAGAUACCUUCUCCGAUUAAGCUCUCCUUCUUCGACUCAAUUUGGAUUGGUAUCCCUCCAAUCCAAAGGCUCAUGCUCUAUUCGAAUCCCAACGUUACGCGCUCAUCCCAGUCACUCGCUGAGUUACUCAAGUCCUCACUUUCCGCGACUCUUGUCGAUUACUUGCCACUUGCCGGGACGCUCACUCACGUCCCCUCCACCGGAGAUGUCGAGAUCGACUUCUCCGACUUGAACGUUAGCUUCUAUGAAGCCGAGGCGGACUUCGAUAUCCGACGACUUAGGGCUAGUGAAAUCCACGAUGUUGGAUCUUUUAAGAAACUGGUACCUGAAAUUGAUGUCAGUGUCUUGCCGUUCCCGAUCUUCGCAGUACAGGUGACAAGAUUCAAAUGUGGUGGAAUAGCAGUUGGAUACUCCGUUCAUCAUGCAGCGGUCGAUGGCAAAGGAUUGUUGCAAUUUGUCCGAGCAUGGACUAGUACGUGUAGAGCAAAGAUGCACGGUGUGGAUUUUUUGGUGCACAAACCGUCGUACGAUCGUGUUGUGAUCAAACAUCUGAAGGGCGAGGAGAUGGCACGAGAAUUUUUUCGGAAUUCGACACCUAAUCUUCCCAGUGCUAAGCUCCCACCUGCACAAGAAGCAAAAUUUCAAAAAUCCCCCCUCCAGUAAGCUCUUCUUCUGACCACCAACAGUCAACAACAUCGUCUUAGUGACUACGUUUGAUGCUCGAUGCUGACUCUCUAUCAAAAUCCCGAGGCCAACCAG